AUGUCAGGCAUUGCCCAUGGCGGCGCACCGCAGGAGCUGGCCAGGCUCACAGCGCGGUUCUUCUACACGCUCGUCGCAUCGCUGCAGACGGGCGAUGGGCUCGCAUUCCACGACGGCGGCCAAUCGCAGUCCAAGCAGUUCGCGGCCAUCAACGCGAAUAUGGGCAAUCUGCAGAUCUCGCUGGCGCUGAUCCCUGAUGAGGCCGAUUUCGCCGAUGUACGAGCUUCCAUACAGGCCGAUGUCGACGCGGCGAAGAUCGAGCGUAAGGGUGCACUUUCAAUUCAGACGGUUCAUUGGCGGGCGCAACGGGCGCGCGCGAUGUCACGUGCGCGCGCGCCGCAGUUCAGGAUGCGCCGGGCGGCAGUAGCCGCAACCUGCCUGGGGCGGCCCCAGCGGUCCAUCUGGCAGCGCGCUGGGGCGGCGGAGAUUAAGCGACUGGAGAUCGAGUUGUUCAACGUUGAUUUCGCUGCCAAAGCCGCGACGAUGGGCGGUGGAAUGUCUGCCCCGUCGCUUGAAGUCUCACCAGGCGACGUCAGCGAUUCUGACGUCGAGGCCUCCCUGCAAACCGACGCUCGGAGCAAGUU